GUUGAAUUUGAGAAUUGGGUAUUGAUUUUUAGUGGUUUUUAUUAAUGGGUUUUUAUUAAAAGAUGAAUCUUUGAUAUUGGAAUCAAAAGGGUCUAAUUGGGUAUAGCUAACUCCAAAGAGUUUGGAGUUUUUUUUUUGUAGUUAUUAUUUUGUUAUAUUGGGAGUGGGUUUUUGUCGUUGAGAUGAAAUUUGAUCUUUAUUGAUGUAUGAAUUGCAUACAGAGUGUUGUACUUCAAUCUGAGAAUUGUUUUGAUUUUUCUCCUUUUUUGUCUAGUUACUGUAUAGCUAUUUUGUUUGGGUGAUUACAAGUUGUUGGUCGAAUUUGGGAACUGGGUAUUGAUUCUUAGUGUUUUUUAUUAAUGGGUUUUGCUUAAAAGAUAAAUCUUUGAUAUUGGAAAUGGAAAGGGGUCCAAAUGGAGACAAAAUGGAGAUAGAGGAUUCAUGUAGUUUGACUCCAACUAGUUUGGAAUUGAUUUUGUAGUUGUUAUUCUGUUAUAUUCCAAAUGGGUUUUUGUUUCUUUAGCUGAAAUUUGAUCUGUAUUGAUGCAUACACAGGGUUGUUACUUAUUUCAAUUUUUCUGAUUUUUUGGUUUGAUUUAAGUUGUUGGUCGAAUUUGGGAACUGGGUAGUGAUUCUUAGUGUUUUUUGUGAAUGGGUUUUCGUUAAAAGAUAAAUCUUUGCUAUUGGAACAGUAGGGUCCAAAUGGAGAAUGGAGAUAGAGGAUUCAUGUAGCUGACUCCGACUAGUUUGGAAAUGAUUAUGUAGUUAGUAUUUGUUAUAUUUCAAAUGGGGUUUGCGUCUGAGCUGAAAUUUGAUCGCUGUUGAUGUAUGAAUUGUAUAAGAAGUGUUGUAUUUCAAACUGAAAAUUGUUUGCUUUUCUCUUUUUCUGCUAGUUACUAUCCAGCUAUUUUGUUUGGGUGAUUGCAGUUCUUUUUUAUCAAUUCUUGGUCAGAUUUGACAACUGGGAAUUAAUUCUUAUUGAUGUUUAUUAAUGGGUUUUACUUAAAAGAUAAUUUUUUGCUAUUGGAAGAAAAAAGGGGUCCAAAUGGAGCAAAAGGGAUAUGGAGGAUUCAUAUAGCUGGCCCCAACUAGUUUAAGAUUAGGUCGUAGUAGUUAUUGUUGUUGUUUUAUUGCAAAUGGAUUUUUGUGUUUGAGCUGAAAUUUGAUCUGUAUUCAUUCUUCCAAGAACUACGAGGUCAUACCUUUCAUUCUGUGGUGUUUUUCGUGGUCUCUUUUCUGGACUUCCUUAAUGCUUGAUAUUAUCAGAAAGUGGUUGGCUUGUGAUUCCUUGUCCUCAUGCUUGUUUUGUUAAUUGGUUCUUGAAGCUUCUGUUGCUCAAAUUUAUUUUUAUUUUUGUCUUGGUCAUCCUUCUUCCAGUAAAAUGGAUUUUUUCUCUAGGAAUACAAGUGAUGACUCUUCAGGUUUCCAGCAAGACAUUGCUAGGUGCCCAUUUUUGACGAAUAUCAAUGAGCCAACUAAUUUUUCCUUCUCAAGCUCCAUUGGUUUUCCCAUUCCAGUACGUGGAGGAAAAGGUCCUAUCUUCGAGGAUGGUCCUAACUUUGACAUGGCAUUCAGGCUUUUCCAUGGGCAGAACGGUGCUGUCCCACUUUCUGGGAGACUGUCCAUUACAAAUGAGAAACCAGAUUCUGAACCUGCACCGCGUCAUUUCAACCCUUUGGUGGCAAAGGCAGCUACCAUAAGUCUCUCAUCUUUUGGAUUUGGAGGACCGUUUGGUUUUGAUUCAUUCUCUGAGAAGUGGAAGAAUCAAAAAAAGAAGUCUCAGUCAUCCAAAAGACAGGGAGGAGAUUCAGAACAUGAAGCACUAAGCAAUGAGUGGUUGCAGAAUGGGAAUUGUCCUAUUGCGAAGUCGUACCGUGCUGUGAGUACUGUCCUUCCUCUUGUUGCAAAGGUUUUUCAGCCCCCUCCUGGUAUGAAGCUCAAGUGCCCCCCUGCUAUAAUAGCUGCCCGAGCUGCUCUAUCACGGACCGCCUUUGCGAAAAACUUGCGACCACAACCUCUACCUGCAAAAAUAUUAGUGAUUGGUGUUUUGGGCAUGGCAGCAAAUAUUCCUUUAGGCGUAUGGAGGGAACACACUGAAAAGUUUUCACCAUCUUGGUUUGCAGCUGUACAUGCAGCUGUCCCAUUCAUAGCGAUUCUGAGGAAGUCCGUAUUGAUGCCUAAAGCGGCUAUGGCGUUUACCAUUGGAGCAUCUGUUCUGGGGCAAGUGAUAGGCUCAAGGGCAGAACGACUUCGGCUCAAAACAGUUGGAGCUCGGGAAUUGGUUCCUACGGGAAACUCUACUCCAGGACAUAUCCAUCUAGUCGUUAAUGGAGCUAGAGUGGGAUACUGCAACGAGAUUGUUGCUUUGAACAAGAUUCCUCUGCAUGCCGGUUUCCUUUCACCAGAUAGUGUAGUUAGUUGAUGUUUGGCAUCUAUAAUGUUGUAUUGAUUAGUUAUAUGCAGGAUGUGCCUGCAUCUAUUCUUUGCAUUUGUCGUAGUCCAUGGGCAAAGUUGCAUUUUUCUUGUUUGGUGAGAAUUUGUAUACUUAUCAAGUACCAAUAAUAUUUGAGUGUGUUUCCUGUGCCUAAACACACCAAAGUGGAUUUUCUUCUUAUGA